UGUAGGCAGCGGGAUGAGCGCAGACAAAGCUGGGUGGGGACUCGCCGCUCGGGGCUGCUGCUGACCACCAUCCUCCUCCUCCUCCUCCUCCUCCUGCUGCUGCUGCUGCUGCUGCGGCCGCAUCCCUCCGGCCCUCCCUCCUCCAUCCCAGCGUCCGUCCGUCCAUCCAUCCCUCUGUCCGUCUGUCCCUCCCGCCGCCCGCCCGCCCGCCCCGCGGGGACCGGGGCACCGCUUCCAGGGCAGUGAAGGGCCAAGAGGAGCAGAGCUUCCCUUAGAGGCACAGAUCACCGGAGAGAUCAGCUUCUGCCCACCCUGGGAGCCCUCCUGGCCUGCCCAUGGCUAGCAACAACACUGCUAGCAUAGCACAGGCCCGCAAGCUGGUGGAGCAGCUGAAGAUGGAGGCCAACAUCGACAGGAUAAAGGUGUCCAAAGCAGCAGCAGACCUGAUGGCAUACUGUGAAGCCCACGCCAAGGAGGACCCUCUAUUGACUCCUGUCCCGGCCUCAGAAAACCCCUUUAGAGAGAAGAAGUUCUUCUGUGUGAUCCUGUAAACCCAGGAGGAGCCUGACGGGCACUCAGGCCACCCUGAACACUGAUGUAGAGUUUUUAGGAAUGGGGACGACCUGCUGGUCCGCAGAAUUUAAACAAAAAUAAGUAAAAAACACGGCCUGGAAGCUACAGAGAUGUGCAUGUUUAAAGAACCUGGCCACCUUUGGGGGAAUCAGAUGAUCUGCAUUGCAAGGCAAAAGAUCUGAAGUCUGUAGAGUUGCCUAGAAAGAGAAAAACUAAACAAAACAAAAAAAAAAAACCCAUAUAAAGAAUAAAUCUGUGUCACUUUUCUGCUCACAAAAUUGUUCGAUUGUUCCAUAUUUAAAGCACCAGAGCUGUGCUGAGCAAAGUUAACUGCUAAGGAUGUGUAUAACCUUCUUGGAAUGAUAUUGUUGGUUUCUUUCCAAGCUAAUGUUUUUGAUUUAAGUUGUCAGAUAUAUAGCAGACAGGUUAGGUGGCUGUGCUGUUACUCAAUGUUUGGUCUUGUGCUUUUUCAUUUCUGGCCGUAGCGUAGCGGAGGGGGUCGAGGGGACACCAGCAGCUCUGUGUCCCCAGCAAACCCCACUUUUUACCAUUCUCUCUAUGGUUAGCUUUGGUUCUGCAAGUAAAAGUGGUUCCUGUGUCGUGCUUGGUGCUUCCUAGCCCUGUGAUGACAUUCAGUGGUAGUGCAUGAGAGUUUAAUUCCGUUCAUCCGCUCCAGACUUUUCUUUUCCAGCGUUUGGCACCACGUGCUGGUGGAAGAAGCCGUAGGGAGGGAACAGAGGCAAUUCUGAAAGCAAAGAGAGCUCCUGAGAUGCCUUAGACGUGCCUGAAAUGCCUCCUGCCACAGGGCAGGUGCCAGCCCGGCUGCAGGGCGAGCCAGAAAUCCGAAAAUCAAAGUCGACCGCUUCUUUCCGGGUCUUUCCUUUCUCCUACACCUCUGUGCCUCUGCUCUCCUCGCUUGGUCCUGCUCUUUUUCCCAGUUCCUGGUAGCACUUCCUUCCCUUGGGGCUGGUCUGGAAUGUUGCUGGGAUGCUGCUCAGUGGUGGGAUGCUGCUCCUCCAUGGGAUGCUGCUCUGUGGUGGGAUACAGCCCCAUGGUGGAAUGCUGCUCCAAAAUGGGAUGCUGCUCCAUGGUGGGAUGCUGUGCCACCAUGGGAUGCUAUCCCAUCAUGGGAUGCUGCUUCUCCAGGGAAUGCUGCUCCAUGGUGGAAUACAGCCUCAUGCUGGGUUGCUGCUCCUCCAUGGAUUGUUGCUCCUCUAUGGAAUGCUGCUCCAUGGUGGCAUACACCCCCAUGGUGGAAUGCUACUCCAUGGUGAGAUUCUGCUUCAUGGUGGAAUGCUGCUCCUCCAUGGGAUGCUGCUCCUCCAUGGUGGAUGCUGCUCCAUGGUGGGAUGCUGCUCCUCCAUGGGAUGCUGCUCCUCCAUGGUGGAUGCUGCUCCAUGGUGGGAUGCUGCUCCUCCAUGGGAUGCUGUCCCACCACAGGAUGCUGCUCUACAUUGGGAUGUUCCUGCCCCUUCCUGCCCCCACCUCCCCUCCCAUUCCCGCUGUCCCCUCCCCACGCUGGGAAGGGCCAGGGGAGCAGCCCCGGGAGCUGUGGGGCCGCCCCUUCCCGGGGGUGCCUGAUUCCCUGUUUACACACGGCCUGGGCUCCGUGCCAGGCUGGGCAGUUAUUCCCAGGUCUGCUUCAUCUGCUCCCAGCUCUCGGGGGACACACGCCACCUUUCUGGGCUCCUCCUCGGGUCCAUGCUUUUGUGGAUGUGGUUUGUCUCUCCUUUCUGCUGCUAAACACCUCCUGGCUUUCCCCUGCUCAUCUGUCCUCCUGGGAAACUUUGGGAACCAUCCCUUUGGGAAUCAUCCCUUUAGGAACUAUCACUUUGGGAAUCAUGAUGUGGGGAUUUAUGUACAAAAUGAGCUGGGGGUCACAAAGGGGUUUAGGGGCCUGUGGUGGCCCUGCUGAAGCAGUUCUGAAUCAGGUGUGAGCUUUUAAAAAUUCCUGUGGAUCUGGGAGGGGGAAAGUCUUUAGGUACCUUUUGGUAACUCUUUCUAGCCCGUAAAAAAAGUGCUUUUUGGUUUUUCUACCUUUUCAUACUCUUUUUCUAGUUCUACGGAGAAGGCCAGUUCUUCUCACACUGGACUCCAAACUUUUGGCACCUGGGAAUGUUUGUAAGCCACAAGGAGCCUAGAUGGUCCCAGCGCCCCCUAAUUCCUUCAAUUUUGAUCUUUUUACAACAGCUCCCGAAGCUUUUGGAUGAAGGGUGGAUGAAGUGGUUUGCUCUGCAGCUGGUUUCACUUGUGGUGUUACCAGGCAGAGAUGUAAAAACCCCAUCCUGAGUUUUGUCUUUUCUUCUUAAUCUGAUUUAUUGUCACAGAGAGUGAAGUGCAGCCGGUCUGACCCGGGGCUCCCACCCCUCCCUUUCUCAAACACUGUCACAAAAGUGGUUUGUAAUAAUUUUUUAACGACUUGCCUAUUUUACAGCUCGAAUUCUUAAUACCUUAGACAACAAAAUAAACCUGCAUGAAUACAGGGGAGCGGGGAGGGGGAGAUUUUGAAUUAACCCAAACUGUUCAUUGAAGGUGUUUUACGUUGCUGGGCUUGAUUUUCUGUUGGUUGUGGUGUUGCCAUUGGUGUGCUGCCAGGUAUUUCACCCCAGUAUUUCUAUUUACACAGAUCUGCCUUUGUUAGCCAAGCAGAGAUCUCCUGACAAGGUUGUUUCCCCUCCUCACAACAAAAAUCCCACCCAUGCCUCCAUCCCCAUGCUGGAUUUCCAGCCUGGCCUCAAACAACAUUCCACUACCCCCAGGCUUUUAAAGAAAAAAAGGACUUUUAUUGUCUGCAAAGGUUGCUGGUGGCAAUUCUGUCCAUGGGUUGUCACCCUGCCAGCAGCAGGAUUUUGGGGAGGGGGUGGCUGUAGGCGAAAGCCAGUCGUGGUGUAGCGCAUCCCCAUCCCACAUGGUCUGUGUACUCGUUGGAAAUAAACUUUUGGAUUUGUUUCAAGCCUU